AUGGCUAAAACAAAAAAAUCGAAAUCAACGAAAUCGUCACGUUCUCCUCGUCCUCUCAAUGCGUUCUUCGUUUAUAUGAAAGAAAAAACGAGCGAAAUUCAAACGAAAUUUCCUCACCUCACCCAGAUGGAUAUCAACAAAAAACUUGGACAAAUGUGGAGAGAAGAAAAAAGAGAAAUAAAAGGAAUGUUUAAUAGGGAAGCUGAAAGAAGAUCUGUAAAGCAGAGAAAAGAUAUACCUCUUUAUUCGUACAAUCCGAGUGAAAAAUCGGAAUGUAAACAUAAAGAAAACCCAAUACCACGUGACUAUUCGGAUAGCGCAGACGGGAAUUUUUGUUUCAUUAUCGAAAACGUGGUAAAAGAUCCGCGCCCCCCACGCCUCCCUCGUCCCGUUGAGUCGAUGUCUCAACCCGAUGAUUGCGAGCUAAAUGAAUAUUUUAAUUUUGAUGAUUCAAUCGUUUCGCGAGCCGAAGUAGAAACGAACUUAGACCCGAGCCCGGAGUUCGAGGAGAACAACGUAUACGAUAGUUUAGCCCGACAUUAUCGUGUGACAACACUAUAUGAUUAG